AUGCCCCUGCAACCCUUGGUCUAUGCAGGCAGACAUUCAGCCAGUCAUUCUGCCACCUGCUGUUGCUACAAAGGCCUGUGCUGUUAUGCUGCUGCUGUCAUGAUUGUUGCUCUUGCUGCUUUCGUAGCUGUUACUGUUGACGGUGUAAAAAGAAUGUUCACCAAACAAAUCGAAAGAAAUGGCCGCAUUACUCGUCCAUUGAGUAAAAUUCUUGAAAAGCAACAAUUCCAAACUCGCAAUGACACCGCCUAUGGCCAUUAUCCCCCUUUGGCUCCGCCACCACAAUUGGGAGUACAACAAUAUCCGCCACAAUCGGUGUAUCCACCUCCCCCGCCUGCCUAUAUGCCAACACAGCAAACACCACAACAAAUGCAUCAUCCCCACUAUCCACCUCCACCACAAAUGCAAGUGCCACAACAGCAGCCAAACUACGAAUACUCACCAUAUGGACCGGGAUUACUUCCCCACCAAGGCGGCAUUCCACCACAACUGCCACCACAGCACCAACAUUUGCCUCCCAGCACAUUGCAAACGACCACACCCACCACCACUACAACAACAACUCAACGUCCCCAUGUCUACUCGAAAUAUGUUUGCGGUGUUAAGGGAACUCUACGCACUGGCCGUUCUUCACCUGCCCUCUCUUUGGUCUCCUAUAUUCGUGCGAAGUAUGGUGUCCAUCGUCAAUCGCGACAAUUGAAUGCUGACUUCGAUAUGCCCAUGGGCAUGCAGAAGACAUCGGAACGUUUGAUUUUAGGCUCAGACAUAGUGCCCAUACAAAUUCAUAAUGACAAAUUGGGUGAUUUGGUGCAAGAAGAGGUGGCCAGCUUCAAUCAGGUGCGCUCUUAUCCGGACAAUUUUCCCUCGACGGUAUUUGCUCAGUCCUAUUUUGCCAAUUACACUUCGGGACGGAGACGUGCUCGUGUUGUGGGUGGUGAGGAUGGUGACAAUGGCGAGUGGUGUUGGCAAGUGGCCUUGAUUAAUUCCAUGAAUCAAUAUCUUUGUGGUGCGGCGCUCAUAGGCACCCAAUGGGUUUUGACUGCAGCCCAUUGUGUGACAAACAUUGUUCGCUCUGGCGAUGCCAUUUAUGUGCGUGUGGGUGAUUACGACUUGACUCGCAAAUAUGGCAGCCCUGGUGCUCAAACCCUUAGAGUGGCCACCACUUAUAUUCAUCACAAUCACAACAGCCAGACUUUGGAUAAUGACAUAGCCCUACUGAAAUUACAUGGCCAAGCUGAGUUAAGAGAUGGAGUGUGUUUGGUCUGUCUUCCAGCACGAGGUGUUAGCCAUGCUGCUGGCAAGCGUUGCACCGUAACCGGGUAUGGUUACAUGGGAGAAGCUGGUCCAAUUCCAUUGCGCGUGCGCGAAGCCGAAAUUCCCAUUGUCAGCGAUACCGAGUGCAUACGCAAGGUCAAUGCUGUAACUGAGAAGAUCUUCAUUUUGCCUGCCUCCAGUUUCUGUGCUGGCGGUGAAGAGGGUAAUGACGCCUGCCAAGGAGACGGCGGUGGCCCUCUGGUCUGUCAAGACGAUGGUUUCUAUGAAUUGGCUGGUUUGGUUUCAUGGGGCUUUGGGUGCGGUCGUGUUGACGUGCCGGGCGUUUAUGUGAAAGUCUCAUCGUUUAUUGGAUGGAUAAAUCAAAUCAUUAGUGUCAAUAAUUUAUAGUCGCCUUAAGGCGUUUCUUUAUAGGAUUACUUUCUUAAGUUUAUGGUUCGCUGGCAGGCGAGCUCAGUAAAGCAUUUAGAUAUCAUUAAUAAAAACAAAAAAAACAAAAAACUUGAGAUCCAUUAAAAGCUUCAAGUUGAGUGAGUUAUUCUACUCGUAAUUUACUCACUUUAUGUGUGAGUAUUUUGCGAUUACAAAUGAUUCACUGAUUCAAUUUCACGUAAUUUAAUGCUCUUCUCUUUUUCUUAAGCGAAAGAAAAGUAUUGACAGAUACUUUGAUUUCUUUGCGAAUACGACUGUUAUUUUUAUUAAUUAGUAAUUUUAUUAACAAAA